AUGGCAAUGUCCUGCAAGGAUGGUAAACCAGGAUUGGAUAACGGGAAAUAUGUCCGUUACACGCCUGAGCAGGUUGAAGCCCUCGAGAGGCUUUAUCAUGACUGCCCCAAACCCAGUUCCAUUCGCCGUCAGCAGCUCAUUCGUGAGUGUCCUAUUCUCUCCAACAUUGAGCCUAAGCAAAUCAAAGUUUGGUUUCAGAACAGAAGGUGUCGAGAGAAGCAGAGAAAAGAGGCCUCGCGGUUGCAAGCUGUAAAUAGGAAGCUCACAGCCAUGAACAAGCUUCUCAUGGAGGAGAAUGAUAGGUUGCAGAAGCAGGUGUCUCAGUUGGUUUACGAAAAUGGCUACUUUCGUCAACACACUCAGAAUACUGCGCUUCCGACCAAAGACACGAGCUGUGAAUCGGCGGUGACUAGUGGUCAACGCAGUUUGACAACCCAGCAUCCCCCAAGGGAUGCAAGUCCUGCAGGGCUUAUGUCCAUUGCAGAAGAAACUUUAGCAGAGUUUCUUUCGAAGGCUACUGGAACUGCUGUUGAGUGGGUCCAAAUGCCUGGAAUGAAGCCUGGUCCGGAUUCCAUUGGAAUCGUUGCUAUUUCUCAUGGUUGCACUGGUGUGGCAGCAAGAGCCUGCGGCCUAGUGGGUCUAGAACCGACAAGGGUUGCAGAAAUCCUUAAAGAUCGGCCUUCAUGGUUUCGUGAUUGCCGAGCUGUGGAUGUUCUGAAUGUGCUGCCCACAGCAAAUGGUGGAACCAUAGAGCUGCUUUAUAUGCAGCUAUAUGCACCAACCACAUUGGCACCUGCCCGUGACUUCUGGUUGUUGCGCUACACAUCUGUCUUAGAAGAUGGGAGCCUAGUGAUCUGUGAGAGGUCCCUUAAAAAUACACAAAAUGGUCCAACCAUGCCUCCCGUGCAGCAUUUUGUUAGAGCAGAGAUGCUUCCAAGUGGGUACUUAAUAAGACCCUGUGAAGGAAAUGGUUCCAUCAUUCACAUUGUUGAUCACAUGGAUUUGGAGCCAUGGAGUGUUCCUGAAGUACUUCGACCACUGUAUGAAUCAUCAACUGUGUUGGCUCAGAAGACAACUAUGGUGGCACUACGUCAACUAAGGCAGAUUUCACAUGAAGUUUCCCAGUCUAAUGUAACUGGUUGGGGGAGACGACCGGCAGCUCUUCGAGCACUUGGCCAGAGACUCAGCCGUGGCUUCAAUGAGGCGAUCAAUGGGUUCACUGAUGAGGGAUGGUCAAUGAUUGGCAAUGAUGGUGCUGAUGAUGUUACAGUUCUAGUGAAUUCAUCACCUGAUAAGUUAAUGGGUCUGAAUCUUUCCUUUGCCAAUGGAUUUCCAUCUAUCAGCAAUGCAGUCUUGUGUGCUAAAGCUUCAAUGCUGUUACAGAAUGUGCCUCCUGCCAUACUACUGAGGUUCCUACGGGAGCAUAGAUCAGAAUGGGCAGACAACAACAUGGAUGCUUACUCAGCCGCAGCCAUUAAAGUUGGUCCUUGUGCCUUACCAGGAUCUCGUGUUGGAAAUUAUGGGGGCCAAGUUAUACUUCCUCUAGCCCACACUAUCGAGCAUGAGGAGUUUCUUGAAGUUAUUAAGCUGGAAGGAAUUGCUCAUUCUCCUGAAGACACAAUCAUGCCCAGAGAAGUAUUUCUUUUACAACUCUGCAGUGGAAUGGAUGAAAAUGCUGUUGGAACCUGUGCAGAACUUAUAUUUGCUCCAAUUGAUGCAUCUUUUGCUGAUGAUGCCCCCCUUCUGCCUUCUGGAUUUCGCAUCAUUCCUCUUGAUUCUGGAAAGGAAGCAUCCAACCCAAAUCGCACACUUGACCUGGCAUCUGCCCUUGACAUUGGCCCAACUGGAAACAGAGCAUCAAAUGAUUAUUCUGGAAAUUCUGGUUCUAUGAGAUCGGUGAUGACAAUAGCAUUUGAAUUUGCAUUUGAAAGUCAUAUGCAAGAUCACGUAGCAACCAUGGCACGACAAUAUGUUCGUAGCAUUAUAUCAUCAGUCCAAAGGGUAGCAUUGGCACUUUCUCCUUCUCAUUUAAGUUCACAAGCUGGGCUUAGAACACCACUGGGUACUCCUGAAGCGCAAACACUUGCUCGCUGGAUCUGCAGUAGUUAUAGGUGCUACUUGGGUGUAGAGCUACUUAAAUCUAAUAACGAAGGGAACGAAUCUUUGCUCAAGUCCUUGUGGCAUCACUCAGAUGCAAUAUUGUGCUGCACUCUAAAGGCGUUGCCUGUGUUCACUUUUGCCAACCAGGCUGGGCUUGACAUGCUGGAGACCACCUUGGUUGCUUUACAAGAUAUAACGUUGGAGAAGAUAUUUGACGAUCAUGGCCGAAAGAUUCUGUGCUCAGAGUUUCCCCAAAUUAUUCAACAGGGUUUUGCGUGCCUUCAAGGUGGUAUUUGUCUCUCAAGCAUGGGGCGACCCAUCUCAUAUGAAAGAGUAGUGGCUUGGAAGGUACUGAACGAAGAAGAGAAUGCUCAUUGUAUUUGCUUUAUGUUUAUGAACUGGUCUUUCGUUUGA